UACAUGUACAAAGAGCAAAGCCAAGAAUCUUUGGGUUAUUAUAAGAAUUGCCUUGAACUUCAAGCUACCAACUUUCCAACUCUCUAGUAAACCUUUCUUCUAUUACCAGCACCCUAAACAAGAAAAGAACAAAGCAAGUUAGUAUAUAAAGUAGCUUCAUAUGUUUUGUCCCAAACACAAGAACAAAUCUACUUUUUCUCGUUCUUGUUUCUUCUCUUCUUCCUUUCUUCCACUUUUGUAGUAUUUUUGGAAAGGGAAAAUGGCGGGUGAGCAAAUGAAGCCUGUGGCCUCUCUACUUCUUGUACUCAAUUUCUGCAUGUAUGUGAUUGUUCUAGGGAUUGGAGGAUGGGCCAUGAACCGAGCCAUCGACCGUGGAUUCGAAAUUGGCCCUGAUUUCAAUCUUCCAGCACAUUUCGCCCCAAUUUAUUUUCCUAUGGGAAACGCUGCAACAGGUUUCUUUGUGACAUUCGCGUUGCUUGCGGGAGUAGUUGGUGGAGCUUCCACAAUCUCUGGCCUUACACACAUUCGUUCGUGGACCGUGGGAAGCUUACCAGCUGCAGCCAUGGCCGCAACUAUUGCAUGGACCCUCACAGUCCUUGCCAUGGGAUUCGCCUGGAAAGAAAUCGAGUUUCAAGUGCGAAAUGCAAAACUGAGAACCAUGGAGGCGUUCUUGAUCAUACUCUCUGUCACACAGCUUCUUUACAUCGCUGCUGUUCACGGCGUGAAGAAACCUACUUAAGAAAUAAUGUUCUUUCGGGUUUCUUUCUACUUUUCAAGUCAAACUAGGGAUUGAGUGUGGGAAUGUUUGUUUGUCUGAUGAUAUUUUCAUAGGAAGUUGAAGUAAAGCUUAAGUUAAAUUCAUGCAUUCUUUCUGUACAAAAGGAUCAGAUCUUGAUUUGUGUGUGUGUAUCACUUUGUGUUCAUGGAAUAAAAUCAAACUUUGAGGCUUGAAA